AUGGCAGCACUGGAGGCUGAGAAAAGAGCCAAGGAGGACGCCGUGGCGGCGCUGGCAGAAGAGAAGCGAGGCAGAGAGGAAGCAGUUGCUGCUCUUGGUGACGAGACAAGCGGCAAAGAGGAAGUUCGGUCUGCUCUGGAGGCAGAACGGAAGGAGAUUAACCGGCUGGUUGAGGAGAGAGAAGAGAGGCUCCAGGAGAGUGAUGGGCUUCGACGAGAACUCAGAGAGCUGAGCGACAAACUGGACGCCGCAGAGCAACAGGUGACCAUCGAGACAGAGAACGCUGAACAGGCCUCAGUCCAACUGCAAACUGCUCAGGCUCGACUGGAUGAACAGGCCAAGGAGAAUGAGGAGAAGUCGACCCAGAUUCACACCUUGACUGAGGAGGUUCAGAGACUGAAACAGGAGCUGCAGACCUCCCUGGAGAAUGAGCUUUCACAGAUAAAGCAACAGCUGGCACAGAAGCAGCUAAUCUCUGACCAGCAGCUGGAGGAGUUGACUGAGAAACUGCAUCAGAAAGAGGCAGCCUCAAAACAGCCAGUUGAAGAGCUCAGAAAGAAGCUUCAGGAACAAGAAGAGACGUCCCAGCAGCCUCUGGAGGAGCUCAGAUCCCAGCACCAAGGCCAGCAACAGGCUGCCAAAGCAGAAAUAGAGCAGCUGAAAGCAAAGCUGGAGCAGCAAACCGAGGCCUCAGAGAAGCAGCAAGAACAACAAGCGGUGUCACUACAGCAGCUGGAAGAGCUAAAAAACAAACUGAGUGAAGAAAAAAUGGCUUCUGGCAAACUCUUAGAUGAUCUCAAACAGCAGCUCAGUGAACAGCAGCAAACUGCAGAUCUGCUCAAGACUGAACUAGAGGAAGCUCAGCUUAAAGCUACAACCGGUUCCUCUAGUUCUGAGAAUGAAGAUCUCAAGAGGCUGAACUCUGAUCUCCUGACUGAGGUCGCAGCCCUGAAGGCAAAAGUUUCCAACAUGGAGGAAACAAAGGAGUCCUCCAGCAAAGCCGAAGCUCAGCUCAAAGAACAGGACACGCAGACGGAGGAGAAGCUGUCCAAGCUGCAGAAAACAUCUGAACGGCGGGAGGAGGAGGAGUGUCAAGCUGUCCAGGAGGCUCGACGCAGGGAGGUGGAGAGACGCAGGGAGCUGCUGGCUGUGGCCCACGAGGCCAUCGAUCAAAAGGACGCUCAAGCGAACAGGAACGAAUGGCCCAUGGGAUUGGUCAUUAGAACUCUGCCCAGCAGCGACAAGAAGGUCCGUUACUAA